AUGAAUCAAGUUUUGGGCCCAAUUAAGCUUAGCGCAGGCCCGGUAGCGGCAAGCGCCACGCGCAUUGGAGCACGGUUUGAGGCUGGGAUGAUUGGGCUGGGCUUGGCUGGGGGGUCGCUGCCAUCAUCCAAAAGCGCUGCCGAGUUAAACAUCUCGCUUCCGCUAGCAACAUCGCCUCCAAUCACGGAUAUUGUUUAG